AUGGCGGAAAUUGAAAUUCAUAAUGAAGAUGAAUUUGAAGUGGAUGAUGAAGCUGACAAGGGCAUUCAAAAGUUGAAAGAGGGGGCCAAAAGAAGAAAAGGGAGAGGUUUUGGAACAGGUUGCAAAUUAACCAGAGGAAAUGUUGAUGAAUAUGAAUCAAUGGAAGUUGAAGAUAUGAGCAAAGAAAAUGGUCCACAAAGAUCUGUUGAAGGCUGGAUUGUGUUUGUAACAAACAUACAUGAAGAGACACAGGAAGAUGAUGUCCGUGAAAAGUUUGAGGAAUUUGGCGAAAUAAAGAACUUGCAUCUAAACCUCGACCGUAGAACUGGCUUCCUGAAGGGGUAUGCACUUGUUGAGUACAACACAUACAAGGAGGCUGAGGCUGCCAUCCAAACAUUAAAUGGCACUGACAUAUGCGGUCAGAAGAUCAAUGUUGAUUGGACGUUUGUCAAGGGACCCAAUAAGAAACGAAGGUUUGAUGUUAUCGCAUGUUGA